ACGUCGAUGGCCGUUCUCGGAUUUUAUCAUUUGCAGCUCUGACGUCGUUUGACAAAAUAUUUAUAUGUACACUACAUACAGCUGAUAGGAAUUUGUCAGCAUCGCGUCUUUUUGUUUUUGCGCAUUAGUUGCCGCAUUAGUUCUCCAGGCGUUGGAGCGGAUUUACGUACUACAGAAAUUUUGCUCUCAUAUUUUUUGUUAUUAAAAGGCUGAUGUUUUAAUGGAAAGAGAAGAAGCCACCUGAACCGGAAAUCUGUCGAUCACGUGCGACCCUGACGCACCGUUCAAUCAUUUCAAGGGGCGCAGGUGAGAAAGGAAGCCUGAAUUGGGAUCAAUCUGGACCCGUACACCUGACGUUUGCGUUGUAAGACAGCAUCAACAUGAGUAAAACCAAGAACAAAACGGAGAAUAAGACGGAAAAAGCUCUCGCAGCGGAGAAGGAGCAGUUUGGCAAACAACAGCUUCACAAUAUCAGCAAAACUCUGACCUCAGCGGAAACACCGCCCAAAGAGAAGUAUGUGCGCAACAUCAUCCUGGGAAGCCACAAGGAGGGUGGAGCCUCCACCUUCUGGUCCUACACCCUGAACCUGCCUCUGUCCAGCAACUCCCUGAUCAGCUGGAAGUUCUGCUACCUGCUGCACAAGCUGCUCAGGGACGGACACCGAAACGCCGUGGCAGAUUCCCACAGACACUGUCGCAACGUGAAGGACAUGGGCGUCCUGUGGGGAAAUUUGCACGAUCGCUACGGCCACAUCGUCGCCCUGUCGGCCAAGUUCCUUUGCCUCAAAAUGGAAUUUCACAAGAAGCACAAAGUGAUCCCCGGCAACCUGGAGGCCAGUGAUGAGACUCUGGAGAGGGAGGCGGGAAGCGACACGGCCAAAGUGUUAGACAUGACGCAGGAGCUGCUGGACUACAUGGAAGCGGGGCUGAAAAUGGCCGAGACGGUUUUGCGCCAGCUCGACGCCAACGGGGCCAAGCCCAGUUCUCCAGCGGGCCAGUGCAGACUGACGCCUCUGAUCCCGCUCGUACCGGACUGCAGCUUCCUCUACCACUUCUCCGUGCGGCUGAUGUUCAAGCUCCACAGCCGCAUCUCACCGGACACCCUCCUGGGGCAUCGAGAGCGGUUCCGAGAUCUGUUCAUGAGCCUCACACAGUUCUUCGACCGAGCCAGAGAAAUGGAGUUCUUUAAAAGUGUGAUCCAGAUCCCAGAUCUCCCCGAUGCUCCUCCCAACUUCCUCCGAGCCGCCGCCUUGGCCGAGUAUAAAAAGCCAGUGGUGGUGAUGCCCAGCGAGGAGCGGCAGGAGGAGGAGGACGAGCCACAGCUGGAGCUCAGGGAGCAGCAGCAGGCGCCGCAGUUUUAUGCUUUCAACCAAAUGGGAGCGCCGGACGUCUCUCUGGAGCACAGAGAAGCAGACGAGAGUCUGAAGCGGGAGCUGGAGGUGCUCAAACCCGAGCUGCAGCUCUUUAAGUCCGAGGCCCAGAGGUGCGUGACCGAGCUGAAGGCCCAGGUGAACCACCUGGAGGCGGAGGUGGAGGAGCAGCGCACGCACAAGCAGAUGGCCAUGCUGGAGAACGAGCACCUGCGGCUGGAGGUGGAGGCGCUGCGCUCGGCCAACGUGGCCAACGUGGGCGCUCAGAUCGGCUUCAAGGAGGCCGACGGCCGAGCCCAGGCGGCGGAGCUCCGCUUCACGCAGCUCAAGGAGAAGCACGCCGAGCUGGUGACCAGCCACGCCGACCUCAUGAAGAAGAGCGCGGAAACCGUGAGGAUGCUGUCCAGCACGAAGCAAGACCAGGACGAGCUGCUGCGGGCCAAGAGGCAGCUGGAGAGCGAGCUGGAGAGCCUGCGGCGGGAGAAGCUGGACACGGUGAACCAGCAGCAGCAGGAGGCCGAGCGCCUCAAUCGGGAGCUUCUGGAGCACAGGGCGGAGCUGGCUCUGCUCCGCAGCAGCCUGGACAGUAAAGAGAAGGAGGGGACCCAGGCCAGCAGCAGCCUGGCCGCUCUGCAGGCGGAGCGCGACGUGCUCCUCCGCUCCGUCAGGGACAAGGACGCGGAGCUGUCGUCGCUGAGGCUGCAGGCGCAGCAGCAGCAGAGCUCCCUGGACCUGGACAGGGACCGGACCGGCCGGGAACUGGAGGCGCUGAGAGCGCAGCUGCAGCAGCAGCUCGCCAUCAACGCAGAGCAGAAGCUGGAGAUGGACAGGCUGAGGCGGGAGCUGGACUCCACCCGAGCGGAGCUGGCGCGGGCCGGCGCCGUCCUGCAGAGCAAGGAGAUGAGCGGGAGCCAGCUGAGCGGCUCGCUGGCGGCGCUGCAGGCCGACAGGGACGCGCUGCUGCGCUCGGCGAGGGAGCAGGAGGCGGAGCUGAGCGCCCUGCGGCAGCAGGCGCAGCUGCACCGCGGCGCGCUGGAGCAGGAGCGGCAGCGGAGCGGCGCCGAGCUGGGGCGCCUGCACGCCCAGCUGCAGCAGCAGGCCUGCCGCGAGGGCGAGCUGGCCCAGAAGCUGCAGGAGGAGCAGUUCUGCCUGCUGCAGUGCGCUGUGGUGGAGGCCGAGGGCAUCGUCCUGGACGCCGUGGCCAAGCUGGACGACCCCGUGCACGUCCGCUGCGUCAGCUCCCCCGAUUAUUUGAUAAAUCGCGCUGAAAUCGCUCUGGGUUCUAUUGACAAGAUGCAGCAGAGCCACGCGGCCUAUCUGGGGAACAGGAACGACGCCAGCGGCCUGUUGAGAGCCGUCACCCAGUUCUCCCACCUCGCUGCCGACACCAUCGUCAACGGAGCCGCGACCUCGCACUCCGCUCCCUCCGACUACGCCGACUGUCUGACGGACACCUGCCGGGACUGUGCCAACCACUGCCUGCAGUUCCUGAUGGAUCUGAAGCAUCAGGCCACGCUGCAGAGGGCGGAGCCCACGGCCGUUCGCUACACGGUGCAGCGCAUCCUGAGCCUGGCGCAGGAUCUGCGUCCGAAGGGACAGGAUGUCCUGAAGGAGGAGCUGGGGAACAUGGUGGACAGAGAGAUGGUGGCCACGUCCACGGCCAUUGAAGAGGCCGUGCUGCGCAUGGACGAGAUCCUGAAUCAGGCCAAGAGAGAAACUACGGGUGUGAAGCUGGAGGUUAACCAGAGCAUCCUGGGGUCCUGCUCCGACCUGAUGAAGGCGGUUCACAUGUUGGUAACAGCUGCUACGGACCUGCAGAAGGACAUAGUGGAGGGGGGCAGGGGAGCUGCCUCUGUGACAGACUUCUAUGCCAAAAACUCCCGCUGGACAGAGGGCCUGAUCUCUGCCUCCAAGGCCGUAGGCUGGGGAGCCACGCAGCUGCUGGACUCGGCCGACCGCGUUGUGGGGGAGAGGGGAACAUACGAGGAGCUCAUCGCGUGUUCACAUGAGAUCGCAGGGAGCACCGCUCAGUUGGUCGCUGCCUCCAAGGUGAAGGCUGACCGUAACAACAAGAAGCUGUACACGCUGCAGCAGGCAUCGCGGCACGUCAACGACAUGGCCGCAGUGGUCGUCACCUCCAGCAAACACGGGCAGCAGCAGAUCUCGGACCACGUGGUAAUGGACUUCUCUGGCAUGUCUCUCAUCAAGCUGAAGAAGGAGGAAAUGGAGGCUCAGGUGAAGGUACUGCAGCUGGAGAGUCAGCUGGAGCAGGAGCGGGUGCGUCUGGGGGAGCUGAGGAAGAGACACUACGACCUCGGGGACUCUGAGGCCGUCCACACGUCCACGGAGGGAGUGGAGAGCUUCCCUCCACCGCCGCCGCCCACCCUGCUGGACUCCACCUCAGCACCUCUGCCUCCCUCUUUUCCUCACGCACAACCGUACCCGGGCUUUGCACAGUCUAGUGUGACUCCAACUCUGAUGCAGACCUCCUCACUGCCUCAGCCCUACACACCUGCCUCCACCAACACAUCUGGAACCUCCUACACGCCUGCCUCCAACACACCUGCUUCCAUUUACACACCUGGAACCACCUACACGCCUCCAUCCACAUACUUACCUGCCUCCACUAACAUGCCUCCAUCCACCUACACAUCUGGAACCACUUACACGCCUGCAUCCCCCUACACUCCUCCUCAGACCUACACUCCAUCUCAGCCUUACAUCCCUACGCAGCCUUUCCCUCCAAGCCAGAGGUACGUGACCCCUCCAUCUUACUCGCUGUCGCCACCCUCGUCGCUCACAUCCAGCCUGCCUCAGUCCCAGCCUCAGUCAACCUCUCAGCCCCAGGCCGCCAAUCAAAGCAAAACAGAGUCCACCAAACAGGGCUCAAAGAAACACAACAUCUUUAGCAAAUCUGGAAACUUGAUAAAGAACGCGUUCAAACGAAGUGAAGCUGGAGGAGGGGAGUCUUGAGGGAAGUCUACACGAGAAGACUUGGUUUAAAAGCCCUUAAUUAUUUUUUUUAACUUAAUUUUAUUCCAGAGUCUAUAACAGUUUUAAAAGCAGGACAUGUAACAAAACACUGCUUGAUGCCUGUUAAAAGCUUGAAGAAUGAUGUAAUCACGCUAAUGCUCACAUUCUACAACAGGGAAUGAAAUGUUUUUCUAACAAAACAAAUAUAAUUUUGCAUGUUUCUAUUAAAAUAAACAUUUUCCUGAAUACAA